AUGUUUCUGUCAGUUUUGCUCGCGUCGCUGGUGGCGUUUGCCGUUGCGUGGAUCUUUGCAUUCGACAGGAAGAUGGAGUCGUUCUUUUGCUGGGGCGCGCGGAGGAAGAAGCAGCCGAAUUGGAAGAAGAUCGAAGAGGACGCGGAGGCUCUCGAGCAAUUGCCGUCAUGGAAUGCUCCAGAUAAUGUUCUCAUGCUGGAAGCGUUUGAAUGGUAUGUGCCGGAUGACAGGAGACACUGGCAUCGUCUUCAGCAGGCACUGCCAGAUCUCAAAGAGAUCGGCGUCGACAAUAUCUUGCUCCCGCCUGGCUGCAAGGCCAUGAACCCGUCCGGGAACGGCUAUGACAUCUACGAUCUCUACGAUCUUGGCGAGUUCGGUCAGAAGGGAACUGUCGCAACCAAAUGGGGCUCGAGAGGCGACCUGGAGCGUCUGACCAGUACCGCUCGCCAGCUAGGCAUCGGCGUCUACUGGGAUGCUGUGCUCAAUCAUAAGGCUGGUGCAGACCGCACGGAACGCUUCCAUCGCAAUAUUGAAAUCACCCAACCUCAGGAGAUCGAGGCAUGGGUUGGCUUUGAUUUUCCCGGACGCGGGAACAAGUACAGCUCGAUGAAGUAUCACUGGCACCAUUUCAGCGGGACUGACUACAACGAAAUCGACAAGCAGAAUGCAAUUUACAAGGUCGUGGGCCCAAACAAGGGCUGGGCCAAAGAUGUCAGCCAGGAGAACGGCAACUAUGACUAUCUCAUGUUCGCAGACCUGGACUACUCGAACCCGGAGGUCCAGCAGGAUGUGCUGAAAUGGACCGAAUGGAUCGGCACGCAGCUGCCUCUCAGCGGGAUCAGACUCGAUGCCGUCAAGCAUUACUCUGCCGCAUUCCAGAAGACCCUGGUCGACCAUGCGCGGCGGACGGUUGGGGCCAACUGGUUUAUCGUGGCAGAGUAUUGGUCCGGGAAUUAUCGCGAGCUGCUGAAAUACCUGGAGAAGAUGGACCACAGUGUGUGGUUAUUCGAUGCGCCUCUGGUCAAUCGCUUGUCUGCGAUUUCUCAGACCGAGGGGGCUGAUUUACGGUUAGUAUUUGAGGGGACUUUGGUGAAAUACAAACCGCAACAUGCAGUGACCUUUGUCAUGAACCAUGAUACCCAACCAUCGCAAGCUCUCGAGGUGAGUCUCAGUGAGGCUCCAAUCGCAUCAUACUUCAAACCCCUCGCAUACGCUUUGAUCCUCCUCCGCAGCCAGGGCUAUCCGUGCGUGUUCUACGGCGAUCUGUACGGCAUCGUGGGCGGAGUCAAGCAUCCACUUCCGCCGUCGUGCGACGGAAAAUUGCCAGUCCUGACACUGGCACGAAAGCUGUACGCCUACGGCGAACAGCAGGACUACUUUGAUCGACGAAACUGCAUCGGCUGGGUCCGCUACGGCAACGCCCGCCACCCGUCAGGCCUGGCAUGCGUCCUCAGCAACGGGCCGGCGGCAACGAAACGCAUGUUUGUCGGCAAGAGCCAUGCGGGCGAGCAGUGGACGGACCUGCUGGGCUGGUGCAGCGAGACGGUCACGAUCGACGAGCGCGGGUACGGCGAGUUCCCCGUGUUGGCGAAGAGUGUCAGUGUGUGGGUGAACGCGGCGGCGGAAGGGAGGGAUCGAUUUAGGGAGUUGUACGUGUCUGCAUCUUAUGAUGAUGAUGAUGAUGAUGAUUGUUUUGUGCUGACUAGUUCUUGCAACAGUAACGCCGAUAUAUACUCUUAUUGA